AUGGCAGUGAAUCCUGCGUUUAUUCCAAAGGAAUUGACAGACGUGUAUGCACCAGAAAACUAUGACCCAAACUGUAGCAUUUUAGCAUGUAACUUUCCUACUGGAACAAGCGUCGAGGAAUGCUCAAAUUUCAUGUCAUGGAUUGGCCCAGUAGUUUAUGUAGAGGAAGGCCCUUCACUUCAAAGAGAAGCAAAUUUUUUGGUAGUUUACUCUAAACCAGACUUUGCUGUUAAGGCUACACAGGAAGAGCUUGUAUUUAAUGAAGGGUGUAGAGUUUAUUGCAGGUUCGUGGAUGCAAGACCUACUAUAUGGGGAAAUAUUACAAACUUUUUCCAAGGAAUAGACCAACAAUACAGAGGCUCUGACCAAGUUUCUAACUUCAUUAAUGAUACUGCAGGUAUGUUUCAUUUGUUUGUGAAUGCUUAUUCAGGAAUAGGACUAGAAUUAGAGUUAAAAUCGGUAUUGAUAUCUAAAUAA